GAGACACCUGUUGCUGUUAGUCAGUUUGUUAUUUAGUAAACUAGCCUAUAUUAGUUAGGUGUCGCCGGUCGUUGGUGUGGUGCGUGUGAACUGAAAGUUUAUACGAUGGUAGUUCAAGAAGAAGUCGGAAUCAGGGAUUUCGUCCUUUUGGACGAAAUAACUAUGGAUAAAUUCAUUGACAAUCUAACCACUCGGUACAUGGCUGGACAUAUUUAUACGUAUAUUGGUGAAGUAUGUGUUUCUGUCAACCCUUAUCGUCAGCUCAAGAUAUAUGGCCCCGAAGAAAUAGCCAAAUACAAAGGAAGGGAAAUGUUUGAAAAUCCUCCGCAUAUUUUCGCCAUCGCCGACAGGUGCCAUACAGUUAUGAAACAACAAGGAAUGGAUACAUGCGUUGUGAUAUCGGGAGAGAGUGGCUCAGGAAAAACUGAGGCAUCAAAAAUCAUCAUGAGAUAUAUCGCAGCCGUGACUAACAUCAGCCAGCGUCAGGAAAUUGAAAGGGUAAAAUAUGUGCUGCUGCAGUCAAAUACCAUUCUCGAAGCUUUUGGUAAUGCAAAAACCAACAGGAAUGAUAACUCAUCCCGCUUCGGAAAAUAUAUGGACAUCAUUUUUGACUUUAAAGGAGAUCCGAUUGGAGGUCACAUUAACAAUUACCUCCUUGAAAAAUGUAGAGUCGUUUUCCAACAACCAGGAGAAAGGAAUUUUCAUAGUUUUUACCAGGUAUUAGCAGGUUGGAGGUCUUCAAGCGACUUGAAAUGCUUAGAUCUAAAUGGUAACAAUAACCAUUUCAAUUAUUUGAGAUCUUCAUCUGAAAACCUAUCGGACGGGGACAGGCAAGGGUUUGCGGCGACUUGUGGAGCUUGCAAGGCCCUGGGUUUUACUCAGGACGAAGUCUCUACACUUUGGAAAAUAGUUGUUGCUGUCCUUCACUUGGGAAAUGUGGUGUUUGAAAAAAAUACUAAUGAUGAAGAUAUAAAAGCUACCGGGCAGUCACGCGUUGCCAAACUACUUAGCGUUUCAGAGGCAGAACUGAGCACUGCUCUCACAGAGCGAGUCAUCGCUGCGAGGGGAGAGAUCAUGCAGAAAAUUCACACUUUACAACAGGCAGAGUAUGCUAGGGAUGCUCUUGCCAAGGCAAUUUAUGAUCGGAUGUUUACAUGGAUUGUGAAAAAAGUGAAUUCUGCCAUUGAAGCUUGGGGAAGUGAUUCGAGAGCAACUGUGAUUGGAGUACUCGAUAUUUACGGUUUUGAAGUGUUCGAUUCCAACUCCUUUGAACAGCUCUGCAUCAACUACUGUAAUGAAAAAUUACAACAGCUAUUUAUUGAGCUCGUGCUGAAGCAGGAACAAGAGGAGUAUCAGAGAGAAGGGAUCGAAUGGCAGAAUAUUUCGUAUUUCAACAAUGAGAUCAUCUGUGAACUGGUCGAACGUCCUCAUGCGGGUGUUAUCGCUAUAAUGGAUGAGGCUUGUCUCAAUGUUGGAAAAGUUGAUGAUGAGAUGUUGCUGGAGGCUAUGGACAAGAAGUUAGACAAACAUGAACAUUACAGUAGUAGGCAACUCAAGCCAACCGACAAGGAAUUGGCUCACAAGACCCAGUUUAGAAUAAGGCAUUAUGCUGGUGAUGUAGUUUACAACAUCAAUGGAUUCUUGGACAAAAACAAGGACACGCUGUUCCAAGAUAUGAAGCGCCUACUGUAUGCGUCGAACAAUCCUAUAAUUUCAUCUAUGUGGCCGGAAGGAGCGAUGGAUAUUACCAAGACAACUAAAAGGCCACUGACAGCUGGUACAUUGUUCAAGAAUUCAAUGAUCGCUCUGGUUAAAACCCUAGCCAAGAAGGAACCUUUUUAUGUAAGAUGCAUCAAACCAAAUGAAUUCAAGACUCCUUUACAAGUAAAUGUUGACCAAAUUCGUCAUCAGGUCAGAUACUUGGGUCUUCUUGAGAAUGUUAGAGUAAGGAGAGCUGGAUUUGCUCAUAGGCACAGAUAUGAUCUAUUUUUGAAAAGAUACAAGAUGAUUUCUGAGUUUACCUGGCCCAACUUUAAUUCAGGCUCUGUUAAGGAUGGUGUUAAAGUAUUGAUCGAAGAGAAGGGUUUUGCACAUGAUGUCAAAUAUGGAAGGACCAAGUUAUUUAUUAAGUCACCAGCUACCCUCUUUAAAUUAGAAAAGAUGAGAGCUGAGUUGAUUCCAGGGAUUGUAAUUCUCUUACAAAAGCAAUGGCGCGGAGCUAUAUGCAGAAUGAAAUACCGCAAGAUGAAAGCAGCCCUUAAGAUUAUGGCAUUUUACAGGAAACAAAAGACUAGGCAAUAUGUUAAUCAAUUGGCCAUUGCAAUGAGGCCUGCAAAGAGGAUGCACGAUUAUGGAAAAAAUAUACCAUGGCCAGAGCCUAGUAUAUUCACAAGGCAAGCUCUUCCGGGGCUUAAGACGUUAUUUAAUAGAUGGCGGGCGAGGAUGAUACUGAAGCCUUUCCCUCGCUCUGAAUGGCCACAACUUAAGAUCAAGGUAUGUGCUGCCAGUUGCCUCCAAGGGAAGCGCCGUAGCUGGGGUCAAGGUCGCAAGUGGGAGGGGAACUACCUCGCUCUUCCUUCAGAGAACCCCAAUGUUGCGGUUUAUGAGGCUUCCUUGCGUGCCCUCAAAGCUUCAAACCAUUUCAAGCAGGUUUUAUUUUCAUCAUUCAUUAUCAAAACCAAUAGGUUCAACAAGUGUGCUGAUAGAGGUAUACUUGUUACUGAACAUGCUAUAUACAAAUUGGAAAUAACUAAAUUUAAACCUAUGAGGAGCGGCAUCCCAAUACAAGAGAUAACUGGAGUUAGUGUGAGCCCUGGCCAUGACCAGCUGGUUGUUAUCCACACAAACAAGGGUAAUGACUUUGUUCUGACAUUGAAGAGCAAUGACGAUCGUGUUGGUGAGUUAGUUGGUGCGCUUGCCAGUAAUUACCACAGGUUGAGAGGAGUGGAUUUGAGAGUAAACGUUGCCAGCAGGUUCGACUGCAUGUUAGGAAACAAGAGCCGGCCGCUAAGGGUUGAGGUAAGUCAAGAUCAGCAGCUCGCUUCUUUCAAAAAGGACUCUGCCAACAAUGGCAUUAUCUACUUGCUUCCACCCAGCUUCGCUGUGAAAGCUCAGUAAUUCUAUAAUUAAUUCAUCGAUGAGUAUUUAUCACUUUAAUUUAUUCUGGUCUUUUUGGGGGCAUUUAAUGUAAACAUUUUAAAAAGAUUUGUUAUCAAUGGUCUCUUAACAUUUUUUAUCAAUAUUUGAUAAACAUUUUAUAACUUUAUACAGUUCUUAAAGAAAUGUAGCCUAAUUAUUUAUUCUUUCCUAUACAUUUAAAAUUAGGCCAUUAAACCUUUGCUUAAGAAUAUUAAUAUAAAAUAUUCAGCUACAUAUUACAGCUACAUUUAUGUUAUUAACUUUUAUAUUGAUGAAAUUGCAAAUAAAAGAAGACAUUUAUGACUGUUCUCUUGACCAGAUUUUUCGAAAAUAACAUUUUAUAGACCAAAGUUGAUUUAAGUUUUACUCACAAAUGUUAAUUACUUGUUUUUUCAAAUAACACAAUUUUUAUAUUAUUUCUCUGAAAUUAGUUCAAAUUGUUUAUCUUUCAUCUAUAUUGUUAAAUUUUAAUUUAGAAGCAAAUAAAGAAAUAUUAAUGAAUUAUUGUUGUGAGGACACUUACUGUUGCUGAUCUUAUUAAAAGAUUUGAUAAAAUAUUAUGAUUAUCUGUUCUAUGGUAGUUUGUAUAUAAAAGGCUUUUGAGAGAUUUAUAUAGUCCUCAUGUAUUAUUGGUAAAAUGAAAGAAAAACGUUUAAAUUUCUUAUUGUUUUAUUUCUGCUUUGCAGAUUUGUAUUGUGCUAUGCUUGUAUUGUAUAAAUGUAAUAGUUUUUGUUGGAGCAUUU